AUGGCCAACAUAGCUGCCCACGCCAUUGGGGUGGAGCCGAACAAGGUCGGUAUUAAGCUGGGUGCUGGGGGAACAGCGCUUGUGAUUGGUCUCCACACACGUCUCUCAUUUAAUUUGCCCUUUGCCCUCCUUAAUGAAAUUGAUGCCCAGGCGUUCGUCUACGCGGCAGCAUUCAAAAGCCCUUCGAAUGCAUAUGUCACGCGUUCCAGAGGUUUGCGGGUGCUUCUGUCGAUCGGGACCGUGUCCAGUAUCUUCUGUGUGAUGGAGCGGAUCAACCCUCCAACCAAGAUUGGUGCAGAGAUUAGUCUAAUUGAAGGGACGCACGCUCAGAUGCAUAAGUCAAAAAGUCGCACUGUUCGUGCGGAAAGCAGUCAUGCCCACCAUCCCUUUUUCGGUAACUCGCUACACCGACGCACCUCCCUAGAGCGGCGUAUAAACACGGUAUGGUUGAGUGUCAACUCUCCGCGAUCAUCGGGUAGGACCCUGCCACUAGGGGUCAAGAUCUUGGACGAGCGCGUGGUGACGGUUCAAGGUAACAUCAAGCCACCAAACCUCCUCAUCGACCCUCAGACCCUGCAGGCGACCAUCAUCGAUUUUGGCGGUGUCAGCGCACUGCCGCAUUCGUUUGUCAGCUUCACACUAGCACAUUGCCGAGUUUUUGGAGUCCGUCCGAUAACUCUUUGGUGA